UGCGAGAAGACACGUGCGCGGAAGGGGCGACAAUAAACGAAAGGCAGACCUGGCGUAAAGGGUCUAGUGUUUAGGUAGCAGUCACCAUCAUGCUCAAAGCUGUGAUCCUGAUUGGAGGCCCCCAAAAGGGUACUCGCUUUAGGCCUUUGUCUUUUGAGGUGCCCAAACCACUGUUUCCUGUGGCGGGGGUGCCUAUGAUCCAGCACCACAUAGAGGCCUGUGCCCAGGUUCCUGGAAUGCAGGAGAUUCUACUCAUUGGCUUCUACCAACCUGAUGAGUCCCUCACCCGCUUCCUAGAAGCUGCUCAGCAGGAGUUUAACCUUCCCAUCAGGUACCUGCAGGAAUUUGCCCCCCUGGGCACAGGCGGUGGUCUCUACCAUUUCCGGGACCAGAUCCUGGCUGGAAGCCCCGAGGCCUUCUUUGUGCUCAAUGCUGAUGUCUGCUCAGACUUCCCUUUGAGUGCUAUGCUGAAUGCCCACAGAUGCCAGCCCCACCCUUUCUUACUCCUAGGCACCACGGCUAACAGAACACAAUCCCUCAACUACGGCUGUAUUGUGGAGAAUCCACAGACCCACGAGGUCUUGCACUAUGUGGAGAAACCCAGCACUUUUGUCAGUGACAUCAUCAACUGUGGCAUCUACCUCUUUUCUCCGGAAGCCCUGAAGCCCCUCCGGGAUGUCUUCCAGCGUAACCAGCAUGACAGGCAACUGGAGGACUCAGCAGGCCUCUGGCCGGGAGCGGGCACCAUCCAACUGGAGCAGGACGUGUUCUCAGCGCUGGCAGGGCAGGGCCAGAUCUAUGUGUACCUCACCGAUGGCAUCUGGAGCCAGAUCAAGUCUGCAGGCUCAGCCCUCUACGCCUCCCGCCUCUAUCUGGGCCGAUACCAGUUCACUCACCCAGAACGGCUGGCCAAGCACUCCCCAGGCGGUCCACGGAUUCGAGGGAACGUUUACAUCCAUCCAUCGGCUAAGGUGGCGCCUUCUGCUGUGCUGGGCCCAAAUGUUUCCAUUGGGGAGGGGGUCACCGUGGGCGAGGGUGUGCGUCUCCGAGAGAGCAUUGUCCUCCACGGAGCCACACUGCAGGAGCACACCUGCGUUCUGCACAGCAUUGUAGGCUGGGGGAGCACCGUGGGGCGUUGGGCCCGUGUGGAGGGCACCCCCAAUGACCCCAACCCCAAUGAUCCCCGAGCCCACAUGGACAGCGAGAGCCUCUUCAAGGAUGGGAAGCUGCUGCCGGCCAUCACCAUCCUGGGCUGCCGGGUCCGGAUCCCUGCAGAGGUGCUCAUCCUGAACUCGAUUGUUCUGCCACACAAGGAGCUCAGCCGCAGCUUCACCAACCAAAUCAUCCUCUGAGGGGACACCAGAAGGCCUCCCUACUCCCCUCGAGCUCCUAUCCUUCCUGCCUGCCUGCCUGGCCAGCCUCAGUCUCAAAAGGCUUCGAGGAAGCCAGAAUGGAAUGACCCACGCUGGGAGCAAUGUGGGUGGCCGAGGUACUCUGGCCUCCCUCCCUACUCCCUAAUAAACCCCAUGAACCUUGGA